AUGUCCGAUCCCCGCUUUGCGCGAUUCAAGACUGACCCUCGCUUUCGCAGAAUCAAGAAGGAGAAGCAAAAGGUUGUGGUAGAUGACCGCUUCAAGGAGCUGUUCGACGAGGACAAGAAGGGCAAGGGCAAGAAAGGUCGGGUCGACAAGUAUGGCAGACGUCUAGCCAGCACCCAUGAACAAGACAACCUCCGUCGGUUCUACCGCCUCGAGGGCGAGGACGAAUCCGCCCCGAAGGCAGGUCCAGACUACGCUCGAGGAGAGGCCCUCCUUGAGUCCUCCGACGAGGAAGACGGAAAAGACAGGCAGGCGUCCGAAGACGAGAGUGAAGCCGACGGAGUGCUCGUCCUCGGCCGCGAUGUCUCAAAACCUAUCCCCGUUCCUCGCGACGACGAUGAGGCCGAGAUCGACCUGGACGAGGACACGUUUGCCGAACUGGAUGCUCAGGCCGCUGCGUAUGCGCAGGAGAACCCGGAGGCGGAGGCUGCCGUCCCCGAGGCGGAUCGUACGCGCAGAAUUGCUGUGGUAAACCUUGACUGGGAUCACGUCCGCGCUAUCCACCUGUACAAGAUCUUCUCUUCUCUGGUUUCGCCGACUGCACACGCAGCUGCGUCUUCAUCGAACUCCAAUGCCAAGGCGGCGAAAGCUAAAGGCUCAGGAACAGCAGCCCGUGGCAAGGUCCUGAGUGUGCGUGUGUACCCUAGCGAGUUCGGCAGGGAGCGCAUGGCGAGGGAAGAGACGGAGGGGCCGCCAGUGGAGCUGUUCAAGAAGAAAUACGAAGACGAGGAAGAGAUCAACGAAAAGACUAUCUUCGAGGUUGGCGAUGGGGAGGACUACGACGAAGACGCAUUGAGGAAAUACCAGCUCGAACGAUUACGAUACUACUAUGCUAUCGUAGAGUGUGACACAGUGGAGGCUGCGUCGCACAUCUACAAUGAGUUAGAGGGCACCGAGCUCGAACGCUCCGCUAACGUGUUUGACCUCAGCUUUGUGCCAGAAGGCAUGACCUUCGACAACGAGCCUCGUGACGAAGCCACAGACGACCUCUCUGUCCCGUACAAAGGACUCGAAUUUGUGACCGACGCCCUCCGCCACUCGAAAGUCAAGCUGACGUGGGACGAGGACGACCCAGAGCGCGUGCAACUCACGCGGCGCGUCCUCUCGCGCAAGGAGAUCGAGGAGAACGACUUCAAGGCCUACAUCGCCUCGUCGUCUGGCUCCGAGUCCGAGUCCGAGACCGGCAAGGGCAAGGGCAAGUCGAGAACCAAGGGCGCCGAGCGCGACAAGCUCCGUGCGCUCUUGCUUGGGGGCGACGACGAUGCGCUGCCCGAGGGGUGGGGCCGCGGGAAGGACCUCCCGGGCGCCCAUGGCGAAGACGACGGGGACGUGGAUAUGGAGAUCACGUUUACGCCUGGGUUGAGCGAGCGCAAGGACGAGGACGAGGAGACGACGCUGGAGAGGUAUAAGCGGAAGAUGAAGGACAAGAAGAAGAAGCGGAAGGAAGAGAUCGUGGAGAAGAGGAAGGCGAAGACCGGUGGCAGUGAUGAUGAGGGGGAUGGCGGGAAGAAGGGUGUGGCGGGCGAUGAGUUCUUCGCGGCGGGGAGUGAGGAUGAGGGGAGUGAAGGAGCAGACGAGGCGGAGAGGGCGCAGACGAAGAAGGGUAAGAAGGAUAAAGCCAAGAGCAAGAAAACCCGCCGCGAGUCCGCCUCGCCUCCUCCUGUCCGGCAUGUCUCCACCGCAGAGGAGCUUGCGCUCGUCGCGGGCCCGUCCGGCGACGCCGCGCGUGAGCCGAAGCAUUUCAACAUGAAGGCAGUGAUGAAAGCCGAGAAGGGCGCAAAGCUGAAGAACAAGAAACGGAGGGGGAAGAAGGGCGCGGAGGAGGGGGACGAGCUGCAAGAGGACUUCAGUAUCAAUGUCAGCGAUAACCGAUUCAAGGCGGUGUUUGAGGACCAUGCGUUUGCGAUUGACCCGAGUAAUCCUCGCUUCAAGGAGACGAAGAGCAUGAAGACUCUGCUCGAGGAGCGAUCGAAGCGCCAUAGGAGUAAGGGCUCCAGGGAAGACGCAUAUGCAGACGCGAGUGCAGACAAAGGCGGGAAUGACCUGAAGAGUCUGGUCGAGAGAGUUAAACGGAAGAGUGCAGCAGCCGACAGCUCCGGAUCUGGAAAGCGGAGGAAGGUAGUGUAA